UGGCGGACUCCGGUUACUCACAGGCUUCGGUUCUGGGAGUUGAAGGAAAGAUAAACUAGGAAAAACAAAUCGCAUCACAGCCUUCAGGACAAAAUCCAGUGACGUGGCUCGCGAAGAUCGCCAGACAGUCAACACAGCGAAUAACGGGAAGUUGGUAUGUUUUAAGAUGUCAGACAACAAAAGCCCAGCAAAUGACAUAGAGGAUAACGCAGAGGUUUCGGCUCCCAAAGAGCAGUUGCCAGCUUCGCAGGAUGAUUCCUCUCCAGACUCUAACAGUGACAGCUUUGCAGACGUAGCUCCUACUCGAAAGACAAGGAGGAGACCAGAGAACAAACCCCCACCUCAAGAAACUCCAGAGACUGCUGUCACGUCAGAAAAUGCAGCACAGACCCCCACACAGACAACUGUAUCCCAGGGUUCUUCCUGGGGUUACUGGGGAAGCUGGGGAAAAUCCAUCCUUUCUACUGCCACAGCCACUGUGGCCACAGUAGGACAAGGGCUGUCUCAAGUUAUUGAGAAGGCAGAGACAUCACUAGGAAUUCCCAGCCCUGAGGAACUCUCUGCUCAGGAAGAACGGGAAGAGAAAACAGAUGCUGCAUCCAGCAGUGAAGCAGAAAAAGCAGAUGAAGAGGGAUACGCAAAGGGCGGUACGAUGGGAAUGCUGUCCUCCAGCAGCAUAGGAAUGCUUUCUUCUAUCUCCAGUAUGGUUCAGACUACGAGUAAAACAGUAAUCAGUGGUGGUCUGGAUGCGUUGGAGUUUAUUGGAAAGAAGACGAUGGACGUGAUCGCUGAGGGAGACCCCGGCUUCAAGAAAACUAAAGGGCUGAUGAUCAGAAACUCCACACUUUCACAGGUUUUGAGGGAGGCAAAGGAACGAGAAGAGCAGCAGACGACUGAGAAUGUCGCUUCUGAAAUGGAAAAGGUGGCUCAUUAUGGCAUGUUAUUCGAUGAGUUCCAGGGACUGUCCCACCUGGAGGCUCUAGAGCUCCUGUCCAGAGAAAGUGAAGCAAAGGUGAAAUCUGUGCUGACCACCCUGUCUGGUGAUGAACUGGUCCAGCUAAGAGAGGAGCUGGAGCAGAUAAAGGAGUCCUUCUCCCUCAUGGAGUUUGAUGAUGAGGAGGUGGACGAUACAAAAGACGAUGCUGGUGAAAGCUUUGAAAAGGAUUUGAAUGAAGCACUUGAAAAACUUCACAUAUCAUCAACCUCUGAGAGGCUUUGCAAGGCCCGGAAAAACGCAUUCAGCCGCGUCACAGACAUUAAACUACCAACUGAAGCCAAGCAGCAGGAAGAAGAUGGAGAUGAACAGGAGGCAGCAGUGACCAAAUGCACGGUUGAGGCUGCUCACUCCUCAGCUAUCACAAGCCUGGCUGAGCUCACAGCCAGAUCUAUCGAGCAGUUCCACAAGGUGGCAGAAAUGCUUCUUCACUCUAACUCUGAGGAGGUCACUGCCCUGGAACAAGCCAAAGUCCUUUCACAAAUUACCAUAGUUCUCUGCAAGGAAAUAUCAUUACUAUCCAAAAGGUUCACAGCCUGUUUAACAACAAUUGGGUCAAAUGAGAAAGGAGAGGUCCUUAAUCCACUUAUAACUGGAGUAUUCCUAGAGGCUUCCAACAGUGCCUCAUAUAUCCAGGAUGCUUUCCAGCUCUUGAUGCCAGUACUAGAAGUUUCUCACAUCCAGAGGACAGUUGACUCAGGCCCCCACUAACCACACAGCACUCGUUACUGAGUGAAACUGAACAAACUGUAAAGGACAGUAAUGUUGAAAUGCUGCAGUAUUUUGAUAAGAAUCAAACAUGGUUUUCGUUUAGAAAUGAACAUCAAUUUCCCAAAGUAAAAACAGCAAAAAAAACGUUUGAUGUAUCAAGUUAGUGUUCACAAUUGGCUUAUUUAUGUCAAUUGUGUUAUUCAAAUUAUUUAGUAUUUUACAUCAUUUUGAAACUGUUAAGUUAUAUAAUGCUGUUCUCUAUAACGGACUGUAUAAAAGGGCAUACAUAUUUUGACUUAUGCAGGAAUCAACCACUUCUAAGCUUUACAUAACAUCACCUAUUAAGACUUUGGUAACUAUACUUUUGCAUUCAUAAAGUACAGUAUUAUUUUGACCUUAAAAUGAUUGUAUCUGAGAAAUUUGGACAUAGAGUGAAUAGAGUGUAUAAAUGUCCAGUUAGUGCUGCCUAAAGACUAAAUAGAAUUGUUGUGUAGUGUAAUGUAAGGUUAAGCUGUUGGGACACUUUCUUGUGUUGAGAAUGUGUAAUGUUUGGCUGUAACAUCAAUGUGUGCCAUUACCGUAAUAAGUAAACACAUUAGUAAUUUUGA